AUGGCUCCUCCACAAAAACCAGAGACCUUCAUGCUGAGUAGUGAAGCACAACAAAGUCUUCCUCAAGAUGCUCAAGUAGCCCUUCAACAAGUCGACAAUCGUAAGAACAACCUCUUUCACAUUUCCGGUACUGACAUUGUAAGAUGCCUGUCCUUCCGAUUCCAAGCCUUUGGCCGACCGGUCAAGAACUCAAAGAAAUUUGAAGAGGGUAUCUUCUCCGAUCUGCGAAAUUUAAAAUCUGGGACCGAUGCCUCCCUUGAAGAGCCAAAGAGUGGUUUCCUCGAUUUCUUAUACAAGAACAACUGCAUACGAACUCAAAAGAAACAAAAGGUUUUCUAUUGGUAUAGUGUGCCACACGAUAGGUUGUUCUUGGAUGCACUUGAGCGGGAUUUGAAGAGGGAGAAGAUGGGACAGGAAGCUACAACUGUUGCAGUUAAUGAACCAGCUUUAUCUUUCGAGUUUGACUCAUCGCAGUCAUUGUUUGAGCAACUCACAAAGGCCCAGCAAGCUAACUCUUCGUCAUUUUCUGCGCAACAACCUUCGUAUAACCCAUCACAAUCAACAUCCCCAGUCAUGCGAGCGAUAGAUUCAAUGCCUCCUCCACAGAUGGUCCCACAAGCUAUGGCAAUGCCAGAAGAGAUGAGCCACAUGGCAGCUUAUCAACAAAUGACGAUGCAGCAACCACAAAUGCAACCACAUCAACAUCAUCAACAGCAGAUGCAACAAGUUAAGAGGGAACCAGAUUUCAACCGCGUUCAAUACAACCAGAAUGGUGUCCCGAUAGGACAAACACAUCAGCGACAUGCCUCCAUGCCUGCAUAUGGAUUGGAGUACUCUCCCGCUCCCUCAUUUGUUUCAUCACACUACGAAGAUUACAGUGCUCGUGGUAUCUCAUAUGAACCCAUUACUCCACCUCAACAAGCCCUUGGAAUGGGAGCUGAGCCCGCUUACAUCGCCAAUGAAGAAACUGGUCUCUACACAGCAAUUCCGGAUCAUAUGGGUGGUGUUAAUGGUCUACACACGAUGAUGCAGUUACCCCCAUCAAACUUGUCUGGCCCACAAUUUUCGCAUGCAACCAGAGGUUAUGGAGCAAACAAUGUCUAUUCAGUGAUUGAGGGAUCUCCAACUUACAAGCAAAGGAGGCGCCGCUCGUCGAUUCCACCUGGAGUUGCAUCCAUCGUUGCAGCAGCGGCAGCAGCUGGUCAACAUUCUCACCCAGCUCAUAGACCGUCGGACCUGAGGAGAUCGGUCUCGCAUUCUGUUGGGCCGGUAGCUGAGGGCGACGAGUCAGGCGAAAACUCUCCACCUGGGCUUACAUACAGCAACCAAAUACCCCAUCAAAUGGCACAUCACAAAGAACUCAUUGAUUUCUCCCGACAUGGAACCCCACUUUCCACCGUAGAGGGUUCUCCACACGUCAACCCAAUGUCCUUGCAACAACCAGACUUCCAAUUAAAUGAUGAUCUUUCAGGGGAUAGUCCACUGGAUCACUCACCUCAACGAGGACACAUGCAGGGAUCCGGUGGAGUAGUGCGAAGAGCACGAAGCGCCACGAUGAUGGAACUUGGUCCCUAUCCCCAAAAGUCGCACUCAUGCCCGAUUCCCACUUGCGGCCGUCUGUUCAAGCGUUUAGAACAUCUUAAACGACAUGUGAGAACCCAUACACAAGAAAGACCCUACAUCUGCCCACACUGCAGCAAAGCAUUUUCCCGCUCAGACAACCUAGCCCAACAUCGUCGCACACAUGAUCGUGGUGAUGGAUCUGAAGGUGCCUAUGGCAGCUACAGUGGCGAAGAAGAAGAUUUCGAGGGUGAAGAUCACCUUGGAUCUCUUGAAGACGCAUCUCCAAAUUCCGAAAAUGGCUAUCUCCCACAAAGCAUGACGUCGAAUUUUCACGGCAUGCCUAUGUCAAUGGGAAUGAUGAAUUCUGGUAUGGCUGCCCCCAGUCAGCUUAUCAACACACAUCAACUCAUGCAACAACCAAUAUAG